CUCUUCCCCUCCACAGCCGGGAAAAUGAUCCGAUGGCGGCAGUCGACGAUGGCGAACUCGUCUUUUACCCAGCUUACUGUUUCCGAGCGUCCCCGACGCAUUUCGCCUGGGUAAAGAUGGGAGCAAUAGACGUGCAUCUACUCAAAAGGAGGGCCGAAUUCGAAGAACAAUCCACAUUCUUCUACCUGAACCACCCCGUCCGCUUCAUCUCUAUAGUCGGCAUCAUCGUCGCCCGAACGGAAUACCCCGCGCUGACCAUCCUCACGGUCGAUGAUAGUAGUGGCGCGACGAUCGAUGUCAUUGUGUACAAAGUCCCGGUUACCGAGGACGAUAAUAACCAGUCCGCUCGAAGCGGCAAAGAUAGCAGAGCAGGGGAUCUGCAAUCUGCAUACGCGACGAAACAUGUCGCAGCCACCAAUAAGACGGCCCUAGAUGCGACAGCCUUGGUCCCAGGAACUGUGGUCCGGGUCAAGGGUACGUUAUCGAUGUUCCGGGGUACAAUGCAGGUCCAAUUGGAGCGUGUCUCUGUGAUUCAGGAUACAAACGCAGAAAUGCGAUUUCUGGAUCAGCGGAGCCGGCAUCUUGUUGAGGUGCUUUCUGUACCGUGGAGGUUGACGGAAGAGGAGAUGGUGAAGUUGCGUUACGAAGCGGAUGAAGAGGAGGAGAGACUGGAAGAGGAGCAGGAAAAGAUAAAAAGACGGCAGCGAAGACGGAUUGAACGGGAGGAGAAGGACCAGAGGAGAAUCCAAAAGCUGUGGGAGCGAGAAGAGAAGCAAAGAGCUAAGGAGGCUUUGUACUGUAGGGAUGCUGGGGCGAGAUUCAUGCGUGACUUUAAAGAAAGAAAGGUAUAGUAAUGUUGGUUGAAUGCUGUGUUCUGUAUCCUACCGAGAAACAUCUUAUGCUCAAGAUAACUAUGAGCAGAAGCAGCACACUAUGUAUGCAAAAGAAAAUCCAACUUUAUGACAUGUUAUACACGCGGUAGAGCUAAAUAGAUAAAUGGCGCCGUAACACAUAACUCGU